AUGAGAUGUUUACUCGCAAUCUUGUUGAUCUUGUCGGGACUUGGCCCAGCCAUGGCCUCCCCGGGCGACUGGUUGGAUGAGUUCAUAGAGUGCAACGAAGAAUGCACGGCAAUUAGACAAUGUUUUGGGCCAAAUGAAUCGGGCUUCCUGACUUCACACAAGUCGUCAAAUUUCAAAAGGACUCCCUUCCUGUUGAGACAUUUUCUCCUAUGGGACUGUGCAUCUGACUGCGAUUACCAGUGCCAGCAGAUCGUAACUAAAGAGCGCAUAGCAAGCGGUAAGAAAAUCGAGCAAUUUCACGGGAAAUGGCCCUUUAAACGUGUUUUGGGAACGCAAGAGUUUUUUUCCACGGUUUUCAGCGUUGGGAACUUCAUUCCGCACUACAGAGGUCUAAAACUACUUGCAGCCGAAAGGAAGCGGACUCCCGCGUGGAACAAGGCCAGAGUGCUUCUAACAAGUUACAUGAGCGUUGCCGUGGUAGGAAUGCUUGCGUGGACGGCCAGCACAGUUUUCCACACGAGAGAUGUGGACAUUACGGAAAAAUGUGACUACUUUUUCGCGGGAGCUACCGUGCUCAGCGGAUUCCAUGCCAUCUCGAUCCGAGUUUUUCGUCUUGAUUGCCUUGACGGCGUACGAAGAAUCUUCAGCUAUUCUGUGGGAGCCCUGUUCGCGCUACAUAUUUUACGUUUGCUCCUCGACUGGUCCUACACCUACAAUAUGCGAUUCAACAUUUUCUUUGGCGUGCUUCAGUACCUGCUGCUUAUUGCGCUUGCAUAUCGGAAUUAUACUAAGCUGAAGACACUUUCGUAUUCUCGAAAGCCUCGCUACGCAUCGAAAAGUUCCCUGCUCAAUCGCCUUUGCCUUGUACCCGUUGGUCUCGUGAUCGGGACGUCGCUGGCAAUGAGCUUCGAGCUGUUUGAUAUCUUCAACUAUGAUCUACAAAUCGACUCGCACUCGAUCUGGCAUGCGUGCACUGUAUUGCCCUCGUGGAAAUUAUACGACUUUUUCGUCGAUGAUAUCGUUCAUUUGAAGGCGUGCGAGAGCGAUAAUAUGAACGCGGAAUAA